AUGGAUCCAAAUCAUAAUCUCCUCUUUGUCUCUUUUCUUGUUCUUUGCUUAGCCGUAAAUGGAGUUACCGGAUACGCCACGGUCACUGGCACGGUGUUUUGUGACCAAUGCAAGGAUGGAGAGAGAUCUUUGUUCGAUUUUCCUGUCUCGGGAAUCAAGGUUAGUGUGACAUGUGCUGAUGGAAAUGGACAGGUUUACAUGUCAAGAGAAGAGACUACUAAUUGGCUUGGAGGGUAUGUGAUGAGAUUUGAUGGUACACCGGAUCUGAGCAACUGUUACGCUCAAGUUUCUGACAAUGGAGGUCAGCAACAAGGCUCAAGUAGUAGUUGCAGCAUUGCUUCAGGUCCUCCCCAGAGACUUAAACUAAUAUUUAGUUUUUUUGGGAUUGAAACGUUCGCUACGGAUGCGCUUCUUGCUCAGCCUGAUCAGCCCAUGUCUUCUUGUCCUAAACCACCACCAGCUCCGGUCAUGCCUCCUCCUCAGGUCCCGGUCAUGCCUCCUCCUCAAGUUCCGGUCAAGCCUCCUCCUCAGGUCCCGGUCAUGCCUCCACCUCAGGUUCCGGUUAUGCCUCCUCCUCAAGCCACACCGCCUCCUCAUUUUAAGCUUCCACCAUUGCCUCCAAUCCCUCAGUUCCCGGUCAUGCCUCCUCCACAGGUCCCGGUCGUGCCUCCUCCGCAAGACCCGGAGAUGAGUCCUCCUCCAGCUACAUCGCCUCCUCAGUUUAAGCUUCCAUAUUUGCCUCCAAUGCCAUUUCUAGAGCCAUCAGCUUGUUCUCACCAGUUGUGGAUGAGACCUGAGUACAGAUGCUACUGGAGAGCCAUAGGCCCUGACACAAAGGUCGCGGUUGCGUUCGGGCUAGUAGCCGGGAGGAGAUACGGGACCGAUAUGACGGUAAGGGAAGCACUUGACGGACGAGGAGAAGCCUACAAGACUCUCUUAAGAGAGGCAACAACUGCAUUACUCAAUUCAUACAACUCUCUUGGCUUUACUUAUAACUCCAUCGAAGUGAUCACACAUACCAAUUUGGCUCUCCUCGGAGGUUCGCAGCACGAUGUUCUCAUGACCGCUAUCCGUUUCAUCAAGGCUAAUUCUGGGACCUGCCGAUUCACAGUUUGCAAAUGA